AUGGCCACGACCACAGUAACCGGCCAUGGACGAAGGGCAUCCAUGCGGCAAGCGGAAUUGCAAGUCCCGACAAAGACCUCAACCUCACAACCCACGAGCAGCCCGGUCGAUCAGUUCCCUCCCUACGAAGAGACAUUUGACGCUGCCGCGGGGUCGGCUCGUCCGAACGCAAACCCCUCGGUGAAAUACGCUCCUGGCGAGCUGUGGGAGCCUCGAAACUCGGCUUUUUACUCUCGGGAACACGCCAAUGGAUCCGCGAGAAAUCCUAAACAUCGGCCACGGAAGAGUAUUAGCGAGGCCAUCUCCACAAUUCGGACACGCAACGGCAGCGUGAGUGCCAACGCACAGGAACUCGCGGAGGCACUCCGAGCGCCGGUGUCAUAUCGCCUGAUUGGUCUCUGCGUCAUCUGGUACUUUACGUCCGCCCUCACCAACACAUCCUCGAAAUCCAUCCUGAACGCUCUUCCGAUGCCCAUCACAUUGACCAUCAUCCAAUUUGCAUUUGUUUCAAUCUGGUGUCUGCUGCUGGUGUAUCUGUCCACGGUAAUCCCAUGGCUGCGCCAAAGCGUGCCCAUUCUCAAUCAUGGCAUUCGUUACCCAUCUCGCGACGUGAUCUCUACCGCUUUGCCCCUGGCCGUCUUCCAAUUAGCCGGGCAUAUCUUAAGCUCCAUGGCAACCUCCAAGAUUCCCGUGUCAUUGGUUCACACGAUCAAGGGCCUCUCGCCUUUGUUCACUGUUCUCGCCUACCGAAUUCUGUUUCGCAUUCGAUAUGCUAGGGCGACUUACUUAUCGUUGAUUCCUCUCACUCUUGGAGUUAUGCUUGCAUGCUCCACUGGAGUGUCUACCAAUCUGUUCGGGAUUCUCUGCGCGUUCUUCGCUGCGAUCGUCUUUGUAUCCCAGAACAUCUUCUCCAAAAAGCUCUUUAACGAAGUAGAGCGUUCUGAGACUGAUGCGCAACGUCCAGCACGGCGAAAGUUGGACAAGCUUAACCUGCUUUGUUACUGCUCCGGACUUGCUUUCUUCCUUACACUGCCGAUCUGGUUCGUCAGUGAAGGGUAUCCCUUGGUGGCUGAUUUCAUUAAGGACGGCGUCAUUUCGCUCUCAGGAAGACAGGGUUCUCUGGACCAUGGUGCCCUGAUGAUUGAGUUCGUCUUCAAUGGGGUUUCGCACUUUGCCCAAAACAUACUGGCUUUUGUGCUGCUCUCCAUGGUGUCCCCAGUGUCCUACUCGGUCGCCUCUUUGGUCAAGCGGGUGUUUGUCAUCGUGGUUGCGAUUGUGUGGUUUGGAAGCUCAACCACCCCCAUUCAGGCUUUUGGUAUCGGUCUUACCUUCGUGGGUCUCUACCUCUAUGAUCGCAACAGCCACGACGACGUGGCUGAUAAACGAGCAAAUGCGGACCACUUCCGCGCUCGGCAGUCUAUCUUGCCUACGAAUGUGCGGCAUUCCAGCAGGCCAUGGGAUUCGAAUGGCUACGCUUUCCCGGGGGGAAGAUCGUUUGAUGGGUCUACAUCUAACAGCUCCCACGUGUCCAAUGGCCCCAAGAAGGAGGAUGACGGACCUGGGCGUGUGCGGCCACGAGGCGCCAGUGUCUCUCGGAACUGGUUGCCCGGAACCAAGCAAGAAUCAACGUGGCAACCCAGAGAUUCCUCCGCAGCUGCAUAG